UUUCACACACCAGUGAUGAAGUGAAGCCCCUCACAGGAAUUCUUUCUGCUGCUGCGUCAGUUUUUUUCUCUCCCCUCUCUUUUCUUUCUUACUCACAUCUGGAGCUGGGAGUCACUUCCUCUGUCUGUGCUGCCCGCGUUGUGUUGUGCUCUAACAGGGCUAGUCCUUUCAUCCUCUACUCCCCCCCUUCUCCUCCUCCUCUGACGACACUCCAGGGAGAUACGGAACACACCACGCCAGGGGGGCAGGACGCUCCAAACACACUCUCAGCACGGGACCGACCAGGGACCCUGGACACCCACCACCAACACCUCCGACCCACCCUCUGGAAUCUACGUCUGACAACAGAGAGGAAGAGAGAGACUGUGGAAUCUGGAGAGAACUGCAACCAUCAGCUGAACUUUCUGUAGGGUGUUUGCCCUUUCCCUUAUAUGGCAAAACAACUGGGAAAUCAUUUGAAUUUGUCUGACUUCUAUCCACCACAGCAGGCUGUGCAGCAGGGUUUGUUUGUGUGGCUGACUGACUUCUCUUGGUUCUUCUUUCCUGUGUUGUUUGCAUGCGGGGCUCUUAUUGAGGGGACAGCAGGCAGGAGCAUCGCCGGUGUUUGUGGUGAGGCUGCAGGCACUGCCCCCAGGGUGGUUGGCUAAACGCAUCGUUGCUCCCCCCCCUCUCUCUCUCUUUCUCUCUCUCUCUAUCUCUGUCUGUCUGCCUGAGGGAAACAUCCGGCUGUCUCUCUGUCUGAGAGGAACAUCCGGCUGGCAGCAACCUGCACACAGACACUGAGACAGUCGCUCUCUGCGGGGUAACUAACAGCAAGGUGGGCCAGAGUUCAUCAAGUGGAAGCAACUGUAGUUCUGGAAUCUGGACACAUAGAGAAAUCUGUGGGAGGGCUAUUCACUCUGACUCUACAACGGCAGCAAUCCUCAAAUGCAACAGGAUGUGUAACCCAGUAGGACCCUGGAAGGCGUGCCUGUCUUAAAUGAGGAGGGCUGCUGUUGUGGUCCUGUCUCGACCUUACUAAUGAGGACCAGGAUGCUUGAGAAGCUGUGAACACUCAAGAGGAUUGAACAACGAGAGCUGGUGACUGGAGGGUCUCAUGGUGCCAUGACACAGGUGUCUGAGACAGACUGUGUGUGUGUCAUCUCUGACCUUACACCUUGCUGUUGGAUUACCUUGUUGGACAGACAGACACUCCACUGACUGACCGGUGGACAACAACAGCGUCAUUGUCAUGGCGAUGGCGGCGUGGUACCACCGUGACAUCAGCCGUGUGCAUGCGGAGGACUUGCUAGCCCGGGCUGGGAGGGACGGCAGCUUCCUGGUCAGGGACAGUGAGUCUGUGCCUGGAGCCUACGCCCUCUGUCUGCUGUUCCAACGGCACGUUCACACUUAUCGUAUUCUUCCUGACGCAGACGGCCUGUUGGCUGUUCAGACGUCUCAGGGGGUGCAGGUGAACUGUUUCCGUACACUGGGGGACCUGGUGUUGGGGUACCAGCACCCCCAUAAGGGUCUGGUCACCCCCCUGCUGUACCCUGUGGGGAGGGACACGGAGCCUGGUGACGAGAGCUCAGGUGAUGAUGAGAAGCCAGGGCUGGUGUGGAGUCCCAGCCCAACCCCAGUCUCGGUCUGUACAGCUCCCCCCGCAGGACCCCCAGUCAACCUGCCCCCACACCUCCUCUUCCUCCACAGGCUGCAGGAGCUCAACACACCCAGCAUGGCAGGUGAGGUGGUUGGGCUGCUCAGUGAGUAUCUGUGCAGUGAGCUGCCUCUGGAUGUUGAGGGUCUACGUAGAGGAGCAAAAGGCCUACGCCAUCUACACCAAACCCUGGGCACUGCAUGCCAGGGACUCAACAGUGAGAUUGACCUGACCAUGUCCAGUUUGGAGACUCUGGCCAAAGUGUUUGACCAUCCCACCUGCCCUUUAACCUCCGCCAAGUCACAGAAUAUGGGUAGAGGUCCAGACAUGGAGUUGGACAGCCUGCUGGGUAAGAUCUCUGCCCUGGUCAGCCUGCUCUCCUCCCUGGAGAAGAGGGUGCUGAAAGCUCUUCAAGAUGCUGUGACCAAUCACAACUUGGCUGUGCAGCCUGCCCCUCCCCCUGUGCCCGCCCCUGUCUCAGCUCCAGCCCCUGCUCCUGCCCCAGCUCCUGCGCCAGCCCCAGUCUCUGCUCCAGCCCCAGUCCCUGCUCCAUCCCCUGCUCCAUCCCCUGCUCCAGCCCCAGUCCCUGCUCCAGCCCCAGUCCCUGCUUCAUCACUAGUCCCUGUAGCCAAGAACCAUGCCAGGCCCAUACCUGUCCACUCUUUCCAGAUUAAGAUGGUGCGUUACGGCAGACAGACAGUGUCAGUGGACGUGGACACAGGAGUGCUGCUGUUUGACAGGAAGGCCGGGUCAUUUGGAGUGGAGACAGUCUCACACGACCGGAUUCUGCAGCUGGUCAAGUUCCAGAGCAGUCCAGCCAAGCUGCGCAUGGUAGUGGACAGUCAUCACAACACCCCACGAGAGCUCACGUUUGAGAGUGCAAGGAAACAGGAGGCGUUCUGCCAACUGCUACAGCUGAUGAAGACCAGACACUCCCAACUGAGUGAACCUGAUGUCAUCUCAGUGUUUGUGGGCAGCUGGAAUAUGGGUGGCUCCCCUCCCCCUCGCAGUCUGCAGUCCUGGGUGACGUGCUGUGGUCUGGGUCGAACCCCAGACGAGUCCACAGCUCUGCUGCCUCAUGACAUCUACGCCCUGGGUACCCAGGAGAACUCUCAGGGGGAGAAGGAGUGGACCGAGCACAUCAAGGCUACUCUACACAGCUACACUCACAUGGAGUACAAACAGGUGGCAGUACAGUCCCUGUGGAACAUGAGGCUGGCAGUGUUUGUGAAGCCAGAGCACGAGAGUCGCAUCAGCCAUGUAAACACAGCCAGUGUGAAGACUGGCCUGGGGAACACACUGGGAAAUAAGGGUGCUGUUGGCGUCUCCUUCCUCUUCAACAGUACAUCUUUUGGAUUUGUUAACUGCCAUCUGACCUCUGGCAGUGAGAAAAUAGUCAGGAGGAACCAGAACUAUGCGGACAUCCUCAGGCUGUUGUCGCUGGGUGACCGGCAGCUCAGUGCCUUUGACGUCAGCCUGCGCUUCACACAUCUCUUCUGGUGUGGAGACCUCAACUACAGACUAGACCUAGACGUACAGGACAUUCUGAAACAUGUGUCCAAGCGGGAGUUUGAUGAGCUCAUGUGUGCUGACCAGCUAACGCGAGAACGACACAAGAGGAAGGCCUUCCUCAAUUUCAAGGAAGAGAAGAUUGCGUUUCCUCCCACCUAUCGGUACGAGAGGGGGUCCAGGGACAGCUACCUGUGGCAGAAGUACAAGACCUCUGGCGUGCGUGUCAAUGUGCCAUCAUGGUGUGACCGGAUUCUGUGGAAGUCCUACUCAGAGACACAUAUCACCUGCAACUCCUAUGGUUGUACAGAUGACAUCUUCACCAGCGACCACUCGCCUGUUUUUGCCACAUUCCAUGUAGGGGUGACAUCACAGUUCAUCUCCAAAACAGACCCAAGCUCGAGCAUGGAGAGGGCCUGGAUAGAGUUGGAAGGUGUUGAGGCCAUUGUGAAGACAGCCAGCAAAGCCAAGUUCUUCAUUGAGUUUCAUUCAUCCUGCCUUGAAGAGAUCCGCCGUUCCAUAGAGAAUGACUUGCAGAGCUGUGACGUGCCUGGUUUCCUCAAACUGGGCUGGUCCCCCAAGCAGCUACCCAAGCUUCUCCCGAUCGUCUCAGACAUGGAGUACCUUCAGGAUCAGCACCUCCUGCUGUCUGUCAAGUCAUGUGACGGGUUUGAGUCAUACGGUGAGUGCUGUGUGGCGCUGCGCUCCCUCAUCGGCACAGCAGAGCAGUUUGAGACAUUUCUGACCCACCGGGGUGAGGAGAUGGGCUCCAUACGUGGGCGGGUCAGGGUCCACGUGCCCAAGGACCGGCGACGAACACGGGAGAAGAUCUACGAGUGGUUCUGCUUUGAGAAGGAUGAGAAGGGUCUGGUGAGAGGACGCUUGUCUCUUCCGUCCACUCGAGCACCUAUCAGCCGAUCCUCACCGCCUCCGCCCAAGCCGGCCCCUAGCAGUUACACAAACCCUGCCUACUUCAUAUUUGAAGGUGUGUCUGUCCUGGGCAGGGUAGAGGAAUCUCCACCCCCUCGCAGGGACCCUCAGGUGGUCUGGGCCGGCGACUCCGUGCUGCAGUUACCCAAACUCUUUGGGGGGCAUGGCUAUGACAGGAAGUCCCCUCGCAGGUCCGACUUCACUGAAAUCGAGAUUCCAGGCAUCCUGCCGCACUACCCUUCCACCAAUCACCAUCAUCCACCCCAGACCAACUCCUCCUAUCAGCUCUUCCCAUCAAAGGACCCAUCGCCAAUCCCCCCUGCCCCAAGCCCCACCACCACCUCUCACUAUCAUGAACAACCCAUACAACCACGACCAAGCAAGAACAAUGUUGUCCAGGACUCCAUCCUGCCUGCCAAGAACCUGAGGAACAUGUACAUGAACCACUCCGCCAUCAUCAGAGAGACCCCCAGGAGAGAACAGCCUAGGGUGCACCAACACCCUGUACGGAGCAGCAAACUCCCAGCCUUCUACCCCUAUGUGUCCACCUGUGUGCCCCACACCCAGGCCUCAGCCCCCUGGGUGGUGGAGCAGCCAGUUGGGCCCCUUGGGGACCACUCCCUCACAGCCCUGCAGAUUGCCAAGUCACUCAGCGAGGUGGACUUCUUCCCUGUGGACCUUAAGGCUCCAUUUACCCCAUGCCAGAGACCGGCCCAGAGGAAGGACCUAGCCAUGGCUGCAGAAAGAGGCUACUGCUGGGAGAAAGAGGUCCUCCAUGGAGCUCCAGAGACGGUGCGAGAACUACUUAGCACCCUGGGUCUGCAGAAGUACACUCUGGGACUCAGCCUCAAUGGCUGGGAUGACCUGGACUACUUCAGUGGCAUCACAGAGGAGGACCUGCGUGCAGCCGGAGUGUCGAACCCGUCGCAUCGCCGGAGGAUCCUGGAGAACCUACCCAAGAUCUGGGAUUCACUAUAGACCUACUCACUUUGUUUGAGUUCUCAAACUGAACCCAAUGGACGUCAGGGACAGAUGCCUGCCCUAAUGGACUACUCACUAUCUCUUCCACUCACCGCCCUUUUAUUUACAGUAAAAAUGACUUUCUAGUAAGCAAACACACAGACAUGGUGCAUGUCCCAUGAAAUCCUCAUCUCAUAUCCGUUUCCAUACCUUAAAAUGAGAGAUGUGGAUUCAAGCCAUGGUCAAACAUUUGUUAUAUCCAAUUUAGAUCCACAUAGCUAAAUAUUGAUUAUGUGUCUCCCCAGCAGUCACCGACGAGAGUGUUUACUGAGCAAUCACACGCAUCACCUCCUCCCCUGCCCUUUCCACUGCUUUACCGUUAUAAAGAACAGCACAGAGCUUGUAAAAUCAAUCAAUAAGGGCCAUGGAGGAUGAAAUGUAUAGCUGUACAUAUUUACCAGUACACAUUUUAACAUGGCCUGGAAAGUUAAUAAGAUAAGGUCUCGCUUUCUGUUUACUGUCUGAUGGUAUUGUUAUGUUGUCACUGUGGUGUAGCUGUUGUUAGUGAUAAGAGGGGAAUCCAGUGGGAGGAAUAUGUGAACUCUGGGCUCGUUUAUUUACAUUCUUACUCUUACAUUGUAGAUCUUGUUUCUCUAUUCAAUUUUCUCUCCCUUAGCUAAUAACUCGUGUGUGCUCACAAGAUAAUAAAGAGGCACCCACCCAUUUAACAUGAACAUCACAGUCACUUAAUCAAUGCUUCUGUGAACUUUUUUUAUUUUUUUUUACUGCCUUUUAAAAACGGAAUUGUAUAAAACUAACUGUUGACAUAUGUGGGUUCUUAGACACUGCUACUGUGUGAAGAUCGAUGGCAUAAAACCUGUACUUGACGCCUGUG